CGAAUGUCACUCGCAGGUGAUACGCGCAGGCGAUAUCAGAUGCGGUGCGGCGAAUUCCGAGAGACCAUGAAGAACGUAGAUCGCGGUGCAACUAUCUCGAUGUAAACUUUCGACGCGGUGAUCCAGGGUGCGACAGAUAUGGAUGACGGUGUGCAGAACGGGCUGCGGUCGGACCAGUGGUUGCCAACCUUGGAUAAAGGGGAGAAGCGAACGAGCUCCCUUGGCAGCGGCGCGUUGCGCUUUAUUCGUACGCGCAGCAGCAUUCGGCGAGAGCUCAAGCGACAGUCCCAUCGAAACAAGAUUGGCGACUCCUACGGUAUUCAAGACAGCCAUACUGGAAGCGGUGGAGGUGGUGGCAUAGGAAAGUGGUUGCGGGAACAUUUAGGUGGCGGUUCCAAAGGAAGUCACGACAUUAACUCUACGUUUGUCUCAAAGGAAAAUGCAAACACUAAUGGCGGAAGCAAUAAAUCCUUGGGCAAGACUAUUUAUACAUCGCAGAAUCUAUAUUGUAGUCUGCCGAGAGAGCACGGCCGCUAUAUACACAAUAGCGGCCGAAAGAUCAACCACAGUAAUUUCACGAAGCCUCAUGGUUACGAUCGACCACGAUCGAACAGCAUGAACCAUCACGAGAAAUCCAUAUCGGGCGACCUUGGGACCUUGACGCGAGGCGGACCGACCUAUGGCAGCGAGGGUAGGAGUUUGAAGAAGCGAAAUCGCGAUUCUCGUCGAUAUUCGCUUCACGAGACACACAAUCAAGGCCGCCAUCAUCAAAAAAGGUGUAUCCCGGAUGGCGGGGACGUCGGUUACAAGAUGACGGAGCUGCAACCGUCGCCGUCAGGAUAUCGCGUCCAGGAUGAGGCCCCAAGCCCACCUUCCUGUCCCCCGGGAUCUUACAAGUCUUACGCGAGCCACGGCCACGGUAGCGAGACUGCCAAUUUCAAGACUGCCGCAUCGUAUUCUCAGGAAGGCUAUGGCCUUAAGCAGAGUCCACCUCGACCGGUGGCUCUUAACGAAUACUAUCGUCGCAGAAACGACGGACGGAGGUCCAGCAUGGAGGGGAACGACCAUGAGGGGGGCAAGAAGGCUGCCACGGUUGCCGGUUACAACGACGGUCACAAGAAGAAUACUUCGGGCUACAAGAACGACAGCGGAUACAGCGAGAGCCUUGGAUUCGAUAGCUUCACGUUGCCCCUUAAUGAGAGAGACGAAGCCUCGCCACCGCCGACGCCGCCAGUUAGGGAUGCCUCCAGUCUCAAGGGUGUGUGUUACGGCCCGGGACAUGAGAAAUAUCCGUCGUGGCCGAGCGCACCUGAGCGACAUCCCGACGAGGAUAUCCACAGCUCGGGACACAGCGGCUCUCAUCGCUCCAAGUCCUGGACCGACCACACCAACUAUCCGAAGGAAAAGCCAGCUCAGUACACUAGACCGCACACGAAGAGACCCAACCCCGCUUUCACGCAGCAGUUGAAGACGGUAAUGGAGCGUUGCGAGAAGAUCCCAGCUGAGACUUACGAGUCACGCAACAGAAGCAAUGUCGAGGAAGAAGCAGUGUCGAGAUUGUGGCCGCGCGUAGAUCGCGAAGGUAAAGCUUUGGGAGAUGCGGAAUAUGUGGUUCCAUCACCGCCGGAACGGGAACAGCAGCCUCAGACUUUGAAUCAUGCUGAGCUGGAAGCUUAUGUAAGAAGCUAUCAAGAUCCUCAGGUGUCCCAGGUGGAUCUUUAUCGCGAAACGACUUUAACGCAAGCAGGUCUCGAGGAAUAUACGAGAGUACAGCAUUCUCAACAAGCCAGCUACGCACAAUCCGAAGGAUAUCACAGUUAUGUAUCCAGCGUGGAUUCUACGACAAACACGCCGUUCCUCGACAGAUUGAGAAGAGACAGCGAGGCAGUAGCACAAAGGCCUGCGGCGUCCUGGGAAGACACCUCCCGAGAAGGAAGAGAUAGCGUAGUGACUACGUCCAGUGGUAGCGCUUCUAGCAGCGAGACUUUAAAAUGGCAUGGCUCGAUGUCGGACGUUAGCGUGUCGAGCGGUAUGCCUCCUCGACAAGGGGCAUCGGAUCGAUGGCAUCACGGAUCCAUGUCGGAUGUUAGCAGCGUAAACGGGGGAAUUUUAACUCAAAAGCCGAACAAUCACGAUAGAUGGCAGGGUUCUAUGAGCGAUGUUAGCACGUCCGGAAUGGGUACGAAAGGUAGAUAUAGUCUCGAUAAAUGGCAAACUUCGAUGAAUGAUCGAAACAAACAGGGCCAAAGUAGACCUAGCUUGCCAGCUAUGAUUGGUCAUUGCACGACAACGUCCGCAUCGAUCAACGUUAUCUGUCAGACAUCAUCAGUUCGAGAGGGCAAGUGGCAGGAAUCUAACAUCGACGACGAUUCGAAUGAAAGGUCUCAAACGAAUCAGUGGGACAAUUCAAGCAGACUCGAGAGCGACAAAUAUACUUCGAUGCCACAAAGUCCCACGCGCCAACAAGUUGGAAAUGCGAGCCCGCAGGGCUCCGAAAAUUGGAACGUUAUACACGGAUCGAUGUCCGACGUGAGUCAAACUAAUGGAAUUCAAUGUAGCAAGCAGUUAAUCGCUCAUAGCGCGAGAGUGCAAACUCCACAGCGGCAUCAUUCGGAAAGCGUGCUGUACUUGGAUCGCGAACGCAAUCAACGGAAACUUUAUCCUGUCAGCACGACGCAGCCGCAAGAAUCCACGCAAUCUUCAAGAAUGACUUUGAGUUCACCGUCACAACCGCAACUUUCCGUAGCUGAGCGUAUCAAUGAAUUGGAAAAACAGCAGCAACAGCAAAUGCGUUACACUUACCUAGAUCCAGAAAAACGUCACAGAGUAUCCGAUCCUACUUUAAAAGCGAUCCAAAAGAAAGCACUUUGGUCCUUCUACGAGAGACAUCAAGCAUCUUGGCGAUCGGAACCUCAAUUAACUCAAGGUCCUGCGCCAGCUCCUCAGAGUCCUCAGAGUCGACAGAGUCCUCAGAGUCCUCCGCCGCAGCCUCCUCCUCGACCGAAACUAUCUUCGUCCCGAAGAGCCAGUUCCGCGUCAGAUUACGCCAGUGGUACAUGGAGGGAAAAUGUCAACAGAAGUCAGAAUCAAGGAAACGGUGAUUUACCGACUCCUAAACAUCAGCACAGCAACAGUUGCAGCAGUCUCUCUACAGAUUUAUUAGGUCCUGUGAUAGUCGGACCGGCUAUAUCGAUAGACGACUGGGUGCCCGAGAGACCGCCUAAAAAGGCACACUUGAGGAACGCAUAUAACGAUCGCAUGCCUAGUCCCGAUUUGCCGCCGCCAUCGCCACCGACGAUCACGGAGAGCGAGGUCCACGAUUGCGACGAUCCAUUGCCGCCUCCACCGCCUGAGCUCAGCGGCGAUUCUUUCACGGAGGGUCAACGUAAAUCUAACAACAGCACUCAUCACCAGACGGAAGAAACAGCAAAAAUCAAUCGUGAAAGAUCAUGCGAGCGACACAAGUCGGAAAGACAUUCCAUGAAAAGAUCGAAACAUAAUGGCAAGAGAGAUCAUGAUAAGUCCAACGGCAAAUCCGCGUCGAAUUCGACGAAAACAGGUGUGCAAGAGCAGGAACAACAUCAAUUCGUUAGAUCUUCCAUAGGACUAAAACACGUGGAUUCGGAAAUGGUGCUGGAGAACGGAGUGUCGGCUGGCUUUGCUACGCACAGAAUGGUAGCUACAGGACGUUCCAGUUUGAGAUAUCCUUCUACUCAGAAGCUCAUGGUAAACGGAAGGAUAGCGCCCACGAGAAGAAUAUCCGAAGAAAGGCCUUUCUCAGCUAGACCUGCGGCGCAAUUGCCUGAUCUCAUAUCGCAAAGAUACAGCGAUUCUGGAAAUCAGAGACCCGCACCACAAGUUCCAGUAGAGCCGAGAAUCAUUCGGCAAGAAUCGAUGCGAGUCGAUGGAACGCGCGUCGACGCGUCUGGUUUAUUGAGAAAUGAUGCUGAUCAGAGAUUAGAAUCUUCUUCAGGUCAGAGACCGCAACCUCAGGUGCCUAAGAAUGCGGAUAAAAAUGUUACCGCGAAUCCAUCAUCGAGACCGAAUUAUCUGUCAACGACGGAGAAGAAUCCGUCCAAGUACCUGAAGAGCGGAAAUCAUAGCUUUUCCAUUGGCAAUUCGGUAAAAACAGGAUACGAGGCCAGCUCGAAGCUGUUCCCUUCGGAAUCAAAUCCGCAGAAAUAUCACGAACCGCCGAAAUACGUUCCUAACCACCAGCGUUCUAGCGACACGACGCAAAGAAAUACUCAUAAUUACUGCGCAUUACCGCCGAAAUACAUUGAUAUAUCUAAGCAGAAAUCUCAGCCUCAAUGCCCGACGGAAAGAUACACCAUGGGUUCUUCUAAUUCUCCGCCACCGCCUUUAGCACCACGACAGAAUACGCCCGGUAGAAAAUCCUUGCCGCCUCCACCAAGACCUGCUCCUCAUCAAGGGAGUCAAUCCAAGGCUUCUUAUUUAGCUUAUAGACGAGAACGCGGAGCUCCUGAUAGCGAAGGCAGCUACAAAAGGACGAUGUCGCCGACUUCUCGAAUGGACGAUUGGCCACCACCUAGAGAUCAUGACGAUCCAGUACUUUUACGCGUUACAUCGCAUCACACAUUACAACAGCAUCAUCAACAUCACAAUAGUCAUCAUCAACAUUCUGAUCUUUCCAAAUCACACAGCGUGGAUGCUCUUCAUCAUCGAUUGGAAGAGAGGUGUCUACAACAACAGCAACAGUCGACAGAAGUGGUCAAUAAGCUCUCGCACGAACUCAGCAAGAAACUCCAGGUUAACAGCGACGCGAGAUCUCGCACUAACGAAAACAAUAACAACGACAAUCUUGAAGAUCGACAUCAGCAUCAUCAUUAUCAAGAAAAGAGACAUUCAGAAAAGAGACACGAUUACGAGCAGCGCAGGGAAAGAUUAUCGCCGCAGAGCGUGGAAGUCCUUAAUGACAGGAACAGGCAGCUGGAGCGAGAACGUCGGAAAUUGGCAGCGAGCUGCGAGCCACUACCUCAAAAUAGAGAGAAACAACUACGAGAAAUCAGUGGCCCGUUUCCAAUCACCGGCGACGACUUUUUCCGCGAGAGAAGCGCAACCAUCGAAAUGACCUCGCAAAAUAUUGAAUUAUUGAACCGCCGUAAUGAGAAGAGGACGAAUAAUGUGACAACAUCCAAUGCAAUGUCCACUUACUCUAUGAGCACUACGACAUCAUCAGUCACUACGAUGAUGACAACUUAUGAUAAUGGCUGGUCCAGAGAACACGAAACGCAGAACUCUAUAGAAGCUACCAUCUUUUCCGACAGACCACCACCACCGACGAGCUCACCACCGAGAUCACCGAAUAACGACGAGACUGUAAGCCCUCGAGGUGCUGUUCCAAGACGAACGGGAAGUUGCUCGAGCUCCUCUUCCUCAGGAAGAUCAAUCGAUGCUCGUGUAUCGCCUCGAGUCUUAUUAUCCAGAUCGCCCCCCAAAAAUUCUCUGGAUUCUCUCACGCGACACGAAGCCCGGAUAGAGUGCACCACCAACAACAGAAAGGUCUCCAGUCCAACUCAAACGGAUAAUACAGGUUCCUGGAACAAAUCUAGCUCACCGAGCCGAUUAAGUCAAACGAGUGAGACGGAAUCGCGGCUCGAAAGAUCCUCCUCGAGAUUCAAACCCGGCGGCAGAUCGUCUACGUCUUCGAUCUCAAGCGUUUCUAAAGCUUCCUCGUUCUCCUCGCCGAGAAACUCGCCGAUCGAAGGGGACAAGUCAUCGCCGACGUCAUCACUUUGCGUGUCACCCCAGCCGGGCAUAGAGGGACUGACGUUAGUACAACGUACGGAGGUCGUGCUCCGAGUAAACGCGGCCACCAGUGACGCCGCCUCGCAGACUGACAUCUUGGAAGAUACGGAGCAAGACCACACCAGCAUGAUCCAACGAGCGCUUCCGGAAUCUAGGAAGAAACUACCGGAGGAGAUCGAGUGCGAAGAACUCAGCAAGGAUUUAGCCAGUCAACUCAGUCCCAACGACAAGCUUGUGCCUAUACUCGUUCCAGCGCCGGAGCACAAGAAACCCACCGACUACGUUUCCGGCCUGUUCAGGGUAGAGACGACCUUGCAGCCACGAUCAAAGCGACGGCUCUCCCUAGAAGAGUCAAUGCCCUUCUGCAACGAGAACUCGGAUAUGGAUAAAAAACAUGAAACGAUACCUUCGACUCCCGUCACGCCACUGUCCGUCGAUCUUACCAGCCCCCUCUCCCCUACUUCAGCUUAUUUCACGACAUCCGAAGGAAAAGCAAGGUUCCUAACGAGAUACUCCCAAGACGUCACGGCGGAGGGAUUAACACGUCAGGAGGAUGCGCCGGUGGUUGAACCGACGAACAGCCUUGACCUUAAGCAGAAAAAGGAGGAGCUGAUGAUGCGGCUUGACAGGAAACUAGUGGUCCUCAAGGCUGAGCAGGAGGCCGUAAGAGAGGAAGGUGAGAUGAACGAAGCACUAGGUGCGCGAGUAACCGCUCGCGUUUCCGCCGUAGCUCGUCCGCCGGAAGCGUCCAAGUAUCGGAAUCACGUAGAGGAAGUCGGUAAGAUUACGAGUCUUCUUCUCGGCCUUAGCGGCAGAUUGGCUCGCGCUGAGAACGCUCUAUAUGGAAUGCCGGCCGACCACGCAGAGAGAAAAAUUUUGGAAAGCAAACGGGACAAGCUAAUGGAUCAAUUGGAAGAAGCGAAGAUCCUGAAGAAUAAUAUUGAUAAACGUAGUGUAAAUGUAUCGGCGAUCCUGGCAAAGUACCUGAAUGAAGAAGAGUUUGCUGACUACCAACAUUUUAUCAAUAUGAAAGCAAAGUUGAUAGUGGACGGUCGCGAAAUACUGGACAAGGUGAAGCUUGGCGAGGAACAAUUAACCGCGUUGAAAGAGGCAAUUGACUAGUCGUAUGGACUUACAUGCUAAGUUAUUAUGAAAUCGAUUCAUAAAUAACCGUACAUUACCAAGGAUGAACAAUGGAAAAAUAUCGCAAAAUUAUUCAACUUGACUCGAAAAUAUGCAUUAAUAUGAAUGAAAAAUUAUGGGAACACAUAAAAGAGAAACAACAUCUAAAUCUAAUCCAGUAUUAAAAAUCUUAAAUUUCCACGCAUAUAAUUAUAAAUGAAAAAUAAUGUAUUUGACAAAGAGUUAUAAAACACAUAUAUAAGUACUUUUAUAUAUGUAUAUAUCUAGUAUCCUAGAUGGAUCUAUUUCUGUGUCUAAAAUUGUGUUAUAUACAAGCUUGUGUCUAAAAUUAUGUUAUACACAUGUUAUUUGUAUUAAUCAAAUAAUUUUAAAAAUUUAUUUAAAAAUAUGUUCCUGCAUUGUGAAAUCAGAAGAUAGCGAUAGAUAAAAACAUCUUUAAGAUGAUAUUAUAAAAAUGUCGAGUAAUUUAAUGCAUUGUAAAUGCAAAAUAAUAUUAAAACAAAUGUGUAAAAUCUACUUUGCGUAUAAAAUAAAACCAGAGAAGUCAUAUAAAUUUGAUGUCCUCAAGAUCUAAGUGUGAUCCUUUGAAAGAUGAUCACCUUAAGUGCCUAGUCUUUAUUAAGCUUGCAUCGAUUUUGUCAUAUUCCCUCAGUAAUCCACAAAAAGCAAACUGUAUUGUUUAUAUACUUGUGGCAUACUGAAGAAAAUCAUUACGCUAAAGCGCUAUGGUAGUUGCAUAAGAAUGAAAAAACCAGGGGUAUAGAGAGUUAUUUUCAGUUUUCUUUUAAAAAAAAACUGAAACUGCGCGCUAAAAUGGUGUUAUAGUAAUUACAGAAAUAAAUUUGUAAAUGUAAAUAGAAACGCACAUAUAAUAUAUGCGUGUGAUGCAGACUUGAAAAGGAAAAGCUAGAACGUGCGUAAGCGGUAAAUAAAAUUGAUCGAAAACAAUGCCGUAAAUAAAUAACAUAUAAUAUGGCUCUUUUAUAAGCAUACAUAUAUAUAUAUAUAUAUAUAUAUAUAUAUAUAUAUAUAUAUACAUAUAUUCGUAUAUUAAUCGCCACCAUUAAUUAUUUUUUCGUGAAACAUAUUUGGAUAUGAAAAUGUAUUAUGAAUUAUAUAAAAAGAAAACAAAAUUUUAAUAUAUUUUUUAAAAAUAUAUAUAUUGCACACAUAAAAUUAUUAUACAUAUAUAUAUAUAUAUAUAUGUAUGUAUGUGUAUUUUUAUGCGCAAAUCGUUUAGAAACGCGACAGUAGCACCGUGCAGUGUAAGUUCGGUGCAAUAUUCGCCUGUAGAUACGCAAAUAUGGACGCUCGAAGAUGCUAAUAAUCCGUUGCAUGUUUAAAAGACCUUUCGCAAAAGAAACGCAAGACGAUGCUAUUGAAAAUCCGAGAAUGCACGUUACCUGUCGUUAGUAUAUCAAUCUAUUGUUCGCGAGGCAAAUCGCUAGAUUUACGAUCUAAGGUUAUUUGUGGUGCCUGCUUAUAUAUGAGAUGUGAUAUAUCAGAAGAAUAAGGAGAGUUCACGUUCUCUCUAAGUAAGUGCGCGGCAUUUAAAUAACUCAGCGAUGCAGGCAACUGGAGCAGCAUUAUAUUUGUAUAUAAUAAUAAGUAGAUUAAGUGCAAACAUAUACCCGUACACGUACAUAUGCAUAUACACAUCCUUACGCUACACGUUACACAUGUAUACGUACAUAUACAUACACGCAUAGGUGUACAACGAAAUACUACUUUUACGUAUUGUUCUAACUCCCGGGGGUUCUUGUCAGCCCCUAUGCUUGUGAUCUUAUUUACUCUGUACGAUUCCACCAAGGACUCUCGAAAAUACCGCAGAAAAAAAUUGCGUAUCGUAUUCGAGACUCCAUGAUGGUUCAGCGAGAAAUUUUAUGCCACGGUCACUUUGAUAAAAAAAAUCUUAUAUUUCAUCUUUUUUCCUUUCCCUUUUUUACAUCUCCGUUUGUAACUCACGCCUUUUCUCCAUUACCAAUUGCCCCCUCCCCGCUCAUCGCUAUUCUAUCGAGGGCGGAGAAGAGACUGUAAACGAAAUUAGACGGAAGGAUGGAUCUCCGAAUCUUUAAGCUCGGUAAUGGAACAUUUACCGAGGACCCAAGGAUCUCGAGAUGAAAUCCAUCCCAACCAUGCCUCAUGAUUAAAAAAAAAAACGUCCGAUUUUAUUUGGUCCCGCGCAUUUAAAUCCUCUUCACAUUGCCCACAUUGUUCACAAAGCAAAUCGCGCUUGAUCUCAAACGAUUUAACUCAAUUAAUCGCAGAUAGAGCAUGGAUACAAAGAUAGCAUAUCGCAAAUCGAAAUCAGAUGCUAAUGAUAAUAAUAAUAAUGAGAAAGACUGAGUACAGGGCAUAAAAUUUUGCGGCAUAAUAGUCAGUUUCUGUUCCUCGUUUGUCUCUCGAUAUUUGCAUUUCGGCUGCGCCAAAUAUUAUAAUCUUGCCGUUAAUCGGAUGUGACAGCCAUCGUUAUAAUGUAUUUGCGAGCAGCAUUACGCCGCGCGGCGGCAAUAUCGAAUGCGAUUGUCAUCUUCUUUAUUUUCCCCUUUUCCCGCCAGACGCAGCUAUUGUACAUAACAAAUUAAUCGAAACAUGGUGCUCUGGAUUAGUAUUUUUUAUGAGAAGAAACGUUCCAUUAUAUAUAAUUCGUAAGCUAUCACACACUAUAGUUCUAAAGACUAUUAAUAUUUAACGUUCUCGCUGUAUAAAUAUUACCAUAUAUAAUUUUACGUUUUUAUGCGAAAGCAACAUAAUAAUUACACAUACACAUUCGCGCGUCACCUGUAAGCGACGACGCUAGGUCGUUGUUAGUCUGACAAUAUUAUCCUAUACAAAUGUGUACGAAAUCAUUACGAUAAUUACAUUUCUCAAACUCGCUUACAAUAAAUAACAUGUUGGAAUUCAUAAAUAAAGUGUCCAUUUCUUCAUAUAAUAAUAAACUGUCUUGUUUAUCGAUAAGAAGUUAUUAAAAUAGGAUUGUCAAUCUUA